GAGAGUAUAUGAUAUGAUUGUGACGUACUUCCUCCUUUACGGCUGAGGAAAAAGGCUAAGUGUGCUUAAGGCCAUCUACACGUUUUAAAAACCAGCUAACUUGAACGUAAUGGAACGCCCAAGGCGAUUAUCUUACGCGGGAUUGGUGAAGCCACCUCAACAAAAAUCACGCAGAAUAUCCGACGCUGGUCAGAGUGGAAUUAUUUCUCACCCAGCUUGUGUGAUAUUUAAGAGCGGUGCUACUUCUGAUUCUGAAACAGUGCCCGCAAUGAUGCACGACUCCAGGUACGAAAUGAAUAACCUGAACAGACCGACACGUCGUACUAGCCGGCCCAGCCGAGAUGAUAGUUUUACAUGUUCCCAGCAAUCAGUCCUUAGCGCUAUGGACAGAUUUGUGAAAGCCGUGAACAACAUGGAUUCCACUGUUUUGGUGCCUUCUCGUCUUCAAGACAUGGAUGUUAGCAACGGAAACAGUAAGUUUUCCAAAUGCUUGCCUGCUGGCCUUAAUAAUGUUGAUGUAUAUAGAUUCUACAAUAUGCUUAAAGAUGUGAAAAAUGAAUUGUUAUGGGGUCCCACAUCUACCGUUGAGUCCAACCCCGUCCUACCCAGCAGCGGUAGAUCCUCCCCAAGUAGCACUCGAGUAAUGAAGCACAUUCGUCAGCCGUCUGAUGAUAGUUUGGGCAGCACAGGUUUCCCUUCAGACCAGGAGACAGACAGUGAUAUCGAAAGUGUUGUGACAGAUAGGGACAGCAUGGACGAACAUUCCACUACUAUGCCAUCUGAUAAUCACCUAGCCAAUGCUUUCCGACAUCAUUUACUGGGACUGCAUACAAUUUUGCAUGAACUUGCUGAUUCUGCAGACUAUUUGUCUUCCAGGUAUCAGGAAGAGAUAGAAACUUUAUCUUCAUAACCAAUACAUAAUUGUAAAUUUGUAAAGAACUUUUUUUUUUCUUCUUCUGUUUUUGGAGCGAAUAUUUUGCAGGUAGGAGCCAACUCCUCAGUCAGUUCUUUGUGGUAUAGUUCUGUUUUGUUGUUAAUAGGAACUUGAAACAAAGUUCUUGCUGAACUGUGAUCGACUCCAAAAAGAAAAGCAUCUUUGUGUCGAACUCUAUAGUUUUCCAAGAAAGACUUGCAACCCCAAUCCGCAUAAUCUUGUAAAGAACAAAGCUUUAUUUUUCCAGUUAAAAGUACUGAUUUUUGCUUCUUAUAUAAAACUGCAGUAUUUUUCCCACAAAAAUAAGAGAAAUAAUUUGACAGAAAAUGUUUAAAAUUGUCAUCUCAAAUGCCUGUUAUAUAUUCAGCAAAAACCCGGUGUGAAAAAAAUAAAACUGGAAUUUAUUUUAUUUUUAAUAAUUUAAAUAUUGUUUAUUUUAUGUUGACAGAUAAUCCUCAAGAUAUCUACUUGAUGAUUUAGGCCUUAGUUUAUAGAUUUUAUAAAUUGAAUUAUAUAAAUUUUAUUAGUCAUUACAUAUUUUCAUUUCUUAAUAUUCACAAUAAAUCAAUACAGAACUUCUUUGAAAUUGGAGAAAUUUUCCUGCAAAUUGCUCUAAAUUGAAUCCUAGUCUGGCUUGCCUUAUAAAUAUUUACAUUCCUAGCUUUUUCAUACAUGUAUGUUCAGUAGUAUAUUUAUUUUUGAUUAUGUAGUACGUAUUUGUUUUUAAGAUGUUUAUAUUUCUGCAGCUGGCUUAUUCUGCUCAUUUAACAUGUUUCAUACAAUAGUAAACUUAUGGGCAUUACCAAAUUCAGUCAUGUUUUAUAUUCAGUUAUAAAAGUGUAAUUCAUAACUUGAAUUGCACUUUUCAAUGGCAGUCAUCAUGAAAUUUUAAACAUCUAAAAUUGUCAGAUCUAGAACUUAAAAGAACAGCAUUGUUCAGAUGCAUAGAUACGAGUGUGAAUUCGAUUUGCAUUCUUAGUUUGCAUUAGUUUAAAUGUUUUUAGAAUUUUUUUACUGAUUUUUAAAAAAAAUCAUUUUGUGUGUUUAAUGUUUAUUAAAUAGGUUCAAAUUUAAUAUUUAGAGUAAAAAUAAAAGUGUUAAUUUGAGAAAAUGCAAUAUUUGUUCAGAAGGAUUUAUUUUAGAUGUUUUUAAAUUUUUAACUAAUGUCCAAAAUUAUUCGUAUUUAAUGUAAUUGCUCUAAUUAUUACUAAUCUUCUGUAUUUUAAAACUCGUUUAAAGUUAAGCUCAUAUUUCAUAGAAUUACUAACUUUGUGCAUUGUGAGUUUACUACUAAGGUUAAAUACAGAAUUUUUAAACAGCUGCAAAAUUUUGUGUAAAUUGGACUGAUACAAACAAAUUUUGUACUUGGCGUUAUUUUUAAUUAUAUUAAUAGUAUAGAAUUUGUUAUAAUAUGACGUAUCAACUUUUAAGUGCAAUAUUUAUGAUUUUCUGAUUUUAAACGAAUAUUUAUCUUUUAAAAGAAAUUUAUCUAAAUUUAACUUUCUAGAAAUUCUCUAAAAUGCAUUUAUUAUUCUGUUGAACUAAACUAGUUUGUUUCGAAUUGUUUUGAACUUUUCAGUAUGUAAUGAAUAGAGAACUACUAAUUUAUUGAACAGUGUGACUUGCUGAUUGCAUAUCGACUAAGUAUUCAUUGGAUCAAGCACUAAAUGUCACUCAACCAAGGUAUUAAAACUGCCAUCUCACUUACUAAAACUACUUAGUGUAAUGAGAAAAUACAUUUAAGCUUUAGAACAUUGCAUGCCAAACAUCAUCAACCAAAGAUCAUGAUUCUACAUACUGAAAUGUUAGUAUUUAAAGGAUGUUUGUAUAUCUGAUAAUCGAACUAAUAAACUGAACCUGUUGAUAAAAAAAAAAUUGUGUAUUUUA